AUGCGUAUCAGCUCCAGCGCGCUCAUAUCGGCUCUAGUGCUCGUUGCAGGCCUCACGCUUCCUCCCGGGAUAUCCGCUAUCUCCGCCACAGAGGCAGACAACCUGAAAGAAGAGAACGACAAUCACGAUGCCGGUAUCGCUGACAAGAACUUGAGGACUGCCGACACGAACAACAGCGAAGAGAGAGUCAUGUUGUUUGAAAUAUUCAAGUCGGUCGUGAACUCCAUCCCUGUGCCCAAGCUUCAGAAACUCUUUCAGUCUAACAAAGCUAAGGUCACGAUAGACGAAGGCGAAUUUCUCGUGAAGCUGUCAGGCAGUAAGCUUUUUUCUUCCACGAAAGCGCAACUGCGAACGUUCAUGUCGAACCACAAAAUCGACGACCUGGCGAACAUGCUACAAAAAGCCAAAGAGUCCAGCGACUCUACCAUCAGCGACCGGGCAAAGAACCUGCUGAAAGGCUUGUUGGAGCACUGGGCGACCAAGAAGAAAUCUCCCGACACAGUGCUUAAUUCUCUGAAUGUAUUUGGCCGACCUUCUCGUCCUACAGAAGACGAUUACCGAAAGAUAAAGGUGCUACAUGCUUAUAUCCAGCAGUUACGCCCAGGGGGGGAAAGCUACCCGGUACUAUUCGAGGCGCUGAAGAACAGGUUUGGCCAUAUCCUAUUGGGAGCAAUUUUGGCGAGGUCAGGAAAGCUUGGUGAUGCAAACACACUGCUAAAGCUUUUGAUGGAUAAAUGGAAGGAGACGCUUUCCAUCGACAACAUGUUUUCACAGCUUCUGGAUUUUGAUCCGAAGAUAAGGCCUGUCUUCAAAAGCGGCGAGCUAUUGACAUUGGAGCGUUACGUGAAGUAUGUCAACGAGGACAUGGAUGUACUGGACGUCUUGACGAAAGGUUUCGGGGGUGAAGCUCAAGUCGCUAAGCUCGCUUAUGAAGCCCAGGUCUCGACAACAUGCUUGAAGGCCAGCAAAUAUCUGAGGGAGUUGCUACUGCGCUGGAUGGCGCAAGGGAUAGAACCGGACAAGCUAUUGAGCACCAAGUUUCCAAAGAUGCUUUCACAAGAGGAUGAACAAAUGAAGAAGUUUAUUUCUGACCGUUACAGCGAGCUCUACGAGUCGAGACCAGACUUGUUUAACCGCAAGCUCGACGGCCCAAGAGAGCACUGA